GACGGUAAGCUACGGAGUGGGGAGACGCUACGGGCCGAAGUUGGCCGGUGACUAACGAGUCGAGCCGAACGAGUCGUGCGUUGCCGGCUAGCGCGUCUCCCCACUCUCGAGCAGCAGUGCGUGUUCGUCCGGCGUCGGGGAAGGUUGACUUUUCGUUUACGAAUCUCGCACGUGCGUAUCUCGUCACGUAUUAUUUCUCCGUCGUGUCGUGCGUUAUCGUUUUCGAACGAACGAAAGCCGAGAGUAUAUAUACGUGUAUUUACGUACUUACGUACGUAUAUCUAUAUAUUUAUAUAUAUAAUAUACAUAUUACGAGAAUAUAUUACAUAUAAUAUGUAUAUAUCAAUUUAUAUUUUUCUCGUGGGUGCGUGAAGGAAGGAAGGAAGAAGAGUGUCGAGAAAUACGCGUGAUAUCGAAAGGGGGAAUAAAUAAAGCGGACGGAAGAAGCGCGUGCGCGAUUCAUCGAGCAUCUCUCUCUCCCUGAUAUUCUAUAUAUCUCUUUUCUCUCUCUCUCUCUCUCUCUUUCUCUUUUUUUUCUAUCUAUGUAUCUCAAUACUACGUCGGUGAUUCACGUUCCUUACGCGUGCUUUAGCAGGAUUUUACGGUGGAACUGAUUUAGUGCCGGCCCGCCGUGUGUUCUUGUAUACGUGAAUAUACAUACAUAUAUAUAUAUAUACACAUACGCAUAUAUACAAAUCUUCGUACCGUCGUGCGUAGAAACGAGAGAAAAAGAGAGGGAGAGAGAAAGUAAAAAGUAAAAAGUAAAAAGUCAAGAAAAAAGAAAAGAAAAGAAAAGAAAAGAAAAAGGAAGAAAACAAGGGAGAAAAAAAGGAAUAUAAGAGGGAGAAUCUGAGACAAGCCACUGUACAACAUUACGAAAGCGAAGAAACCAACAACCAGGCUAUAUCAUUGCUACGUUGUGGUGUAUAUAUCACGUAGAGAGAUAUUUCCUCUCUAUCUCUCUCUCUCUCUCUCUCUCUCUCUCUCUCUCAUUCCUUUCUAUCCGUUGUUAGAAGUUAAAAUUUGUCGAUAUCACUGUCUUUCGGAGUUGUGAAGAAACGGACGAAUGGAUGUAUGGAUGAAUGGAUGUGAUCCGAUCGAGAUCGAGAUCGAGAUCGAGAUCGAAUCGAAACGAAUCGUCGACGAAGAAGCGACCAGGAACAAUAUAUACAAUGGAUUAAUUUUCUAAUUCUACUUGUGAGUUAGAAAAAUAUCAACGGUGGAAUUAGCCAAGGAGAGAGUCUACAUAUAACAACGUACUACACACGUAGAGAUAGACACAGAGCACAUACACGAGGCAGUACUACUCCGCGAUAAAUCAAGGCCGGAGUGAUGCGAUCAACGCGGGAAUGAAUCGAAGGUCGAAACCGAUGAGACCACUUCGACGGACGAAGUUGUUACCAAGCCGGACAAUGACGCUCCUCUUAUCGAUGUUGCUAAUGGCGUUUACGCUACCAGUCGCACGUUUAGAAUCAGCGAUUGGUUCGGUGAGCAACGGCGGGGGUUCGUUAUCGGGUGGUGGUUCGUCGUCUUCGUCAUCGGCAGUAUCUUCUUCGGGAUCUUCCUCGUCCUCGUCGUCCUCGUCGAUCGGGGUAGUUUCCGGAGGGAGUUCGGUAUCCGGAGGUAUACCUGGCGGUGUUGGGAACAGCGUGAUCGGUGGAAGUGGGAGUGGUGGGAAUAGCGGUGGUGGUGUUGGCGGGGGUGGUGGGGGUGGUGGUGGCGGUGGUGGAGGCGGCGGUGGGGGUGGAGGUCAUUCCGGACUUGGAAGCAGUAGUAGCGGAAAUUCGGGGAACGGAAAUGGCCGGUGCGAGGAGAUCACCAUACCGAUGUGCCGUGGUAUCGGUUACAACUUAACGGCCAUGCCAAACGAGUUGAAUCACGACACCCAAGACGAAGCUGGCUUGGAGGUUCAUCAAUUUUGGCCUUUAGUCGAGAUCAAGUGUUCCCCGGAUUUAAAGUUCUUCCUUUGCUCGAUGUAUACGCCGAUAUGCUUGCCCGAAUAUACCAAACCUCUGCCAGCAUGCAAGAGCGUUUGCGAAAGGGCUCGCGCCGGUUGCGCGCCUCUGAUGCAACAGUACGGCUUUUCUUGGCCGGAAAGAAUGGCCUGCGAGAGGUUACCGAAUUAUGGCGACCCGGAGAAUCUCUGUAUGGAUCAAAAUAAUCGUACGAACAACGGUGCCGGAUCGGGAGGCAGCGGGAACGGUGGUGGCUCGGCGAGCAACGCACCCAUGCAACCAGUAGCUACACCGACUAGACCAACAAGACCGUCCAAGACAAUGCAGCCGGCUCGUUGCAAGCCAGGAAAAAAUCAAAAAAACUGCCAGCACCCCCCGGGGGAAAGGGCGAGGGAUUGCAUGUGCAGAUGCAGGGCACCUCUCGUUCCUCUGGGGGUGGGAACAACGGGCACGGUGAUACCCGGCCAGAUAAGCGGAAGCAACAGCGGGGGAGCUGGACUGGCCGGCAUGGCCGCAAGUGGAGUCAUUCCGGCGCCACCGCAGGCGGACAACGUUCGGAACAUCAUUCAGGAUAUUGCAGGGGUACCGGAUUGCGCCCUACCGUGUCACGGGGCGUUUCUCACCCCCGAAGAGCGAGGGUUCGCGGCCGUGUGGCUGUGCCUGUGGAGCGGCCUAUGCGCCGCAAGCACUCUCACGACCGUCACCACGUUUCUGAUCGACACCCAGCGCUUCAAGUAUCCUGAGAGACCGAUAGUCUUCCUCUCGGCGUGUUACUUCGUCGUGUCGCUCGGUUAUCUCUCGAAGAACGUGAUAGGACACGAGGAGAUAGCCUGCGACGGGCCAGCGCUGAGAUCGGGAGCACAGGGACCGGGGGCUUGCGUGACCGUCUUCCUAAUGAUCUAUUUCUUCGGCAUGGCGUCCUCGGUUUGGUGGGUCAUACUGGCGUUCACGUGGUUCCUCGCGGCGGGUCUGAAAUGGGGCAACGAGGCGAUAGCCUCUUACUCCCAAUACUUCCAUCUGGCGGCAUGGUUAGCGCCGACGGUACAAACGGUCUGGGCGUACAUGGCGGGUGGAGUAGCGGGGGAUCCGGUGGCCGGAGUAUGCACGGUGGCCCCGGAAGGCGUGAGCACGUUCAUUCUGGCGCCGCUCUUCGUUUACCUCUUACUGGGAACGAGCUUCCUUUUGGCCGGCUUCGUCAGUCUCUUCAGAAUUCGGUCGGUGAUAAAACGACAGCCCGGAGCGAAAGCGGACAAGUUGGAGAAACUGAUGAUACGGAUAGGCGUGUUCAGCGUUCUGUAUACUCUUCCAGCCGGCGCGGUUCUAACCUGUCACAUCUACGAGUCCGUACUACGCGACGAGUGGCUCAGCUCCCUGGCCUGUCCAUGUCGGUCUCGAGCAAGGCCUCUCUACUCCGUCCUCAUGCUAAAGUACUUCAUGGCCCUCGCGGUCGGCAUAACGUCGGGCGUAUGGAUCUGGAGCGGCAAAACUCUCGACAGUUGGCGGCGUCUAUGGAGGCGUCUCUUCGGAGGCGGGAGUGGCGCAGGCGUUCACGGAGGCGGUGGCGCCGGUAUGGUAGCCGGCGUGACAGGCGUGAGCGGAGGAAUAGGAAGCGCCAGCAUGAAGGGCGUCGUAGGUCGUGUCGCCAUGCCGUAUCCAGCGGCACCGGGACCUGGUAGCGCGCUGUUACCACCAGGUAGCGUAGCCAGCGCCUCUCAACAUCAUCUCCAUCAUCACGUACUCAAGCAACCGCCUCUUUCGCACGUAUGACGUCACCAGUCGGCGGGAGGCGACAUGAGCACCGCCGGCUGCGAGCAGCCGCAGCAGCAACAAGCCCAGCAGCAGCAGCAGCAACAACAACAGCAACAACAGCAAUCGCAAUCGCAACAAUCGGUGCAGCAACAGGAGAGGCCUUCCGCCCUUAGCAACUACGGGCCCAUUUAGCCCUUCGCCUCGGCCUCGCGCAGGCACACGCCGCACACGCCGCAUACGGCACCGCACACGGCACCUCACACCCCGCAUUCGGCGGCUACGAUCUAUUCGAGAAGGUCCCUUGCUUCAACCACUGGACCUCUUACGCCUGCACACGGUCUUGCACCAUCUUAUUCGCAGGCGACCGAGGUUUGAGGAUCGUCGAGAUAACACCGAGCAUUGUAUAGGGACUUUUCGGUCUCUGUCAGCUUUACUACUCGGUGAUCAUACACUUUACACUGAACAUACGAAACGCAUACACAUCUACAUACACUCAUACAUUGAAACAAACACGCACACACGUACAUAGGAUUUACCCGAUAUACGUAUUAGCCCGUACGUGUCUUCCCCGUGGAUUUGCUUCAGAGUUCACGCGUUCUUUCGUCACCUCGUUUAAAUAUUCGAGCGACGCCAAAAAUGAUCAGCGCGAAAGGACACGCUCUUUUCUAAUCCUCGGGCCGUGAAAGAGAAAGAGAAAGAGAGGGAGAGGAGGAGAGAGAGAGAGAAAGAGAAAAAGAAAGAGAGAGAGAGAGAGAGAGAGACAAGAAGAGAGUUAAAGAGAAAGAGAGGGGAGAGAGAGAGAGAGAGAGAGACAGAUAUAAGUAGAGAAUUAGACAAAGAGAAAGUUCGCGAUUUGUUGGUACCCUGUUAAGGUCCGAAACGCAUUUUUGAGGGUUAUGAAUGAGAACGUGUGUGUGUGUGUGUGUGUGUGUUACGUAUGUAUGUAUCAAUGUAAAAUGAAUGUAAUAACGAAUGUUGUUUUAUCAUUCUCUUUCUCGUUCUCUCUCUUUCUUUCUUAUCUCUCUUUAUCAUCUCAUGCUCUCUUUCUCUUUCUCUCUCUUUCUCUUUCUCUCUUGGAUAUUUCCAAUUUCCGGCUCUUUUCUUACUUUCUUAUUAUGCUACGUAGCGGAGCUCGUAAGGCUCGCAUGUCCGUCUAACGUGUAUCGUCUCGUCUAUUUAUCUAACUUUUAGCCGUAACGAUUAGGUGUAUAACGCGACUUUUUAGAGAAUGCGUACUGCUUUGGUAUCAUAGCCUGUUCCUAUCUUUUUCUGAUUGAAACGAAAGGAAAAGAAAGAAAAAAGAAGGAAAAUGAAAAGCAUAAAGAAAUGAAUAUUCAGAAGAAAAAACAACUGUUAUGAAAUUCCUGAAAGUACGUCAAACUUUUGAGAACAGGCUAUGGUUGCCAUCGAAACACCGUAGGUUGGUACGAAGAAAUAAAAAAACAACAAAAAUAAUAACAAUAAUAAUAAUAUUAAUAAUAAUAAUAAUAAUAAUAAUAUUGAUAGUUAUAAUAAUAAUAAUUAAUAAUAAUAAUAAUAAUAAAUAAUAAUAAUAAUAAUAAUAAUAAUAAUAAUAAUAAUAAUAAUAAUAAUAAUAAUAAUAAACACGAGUGUAUAGGUCAGGUGUUAAAGUAACAUAACGAAGCUACUUGUAAAUAAAUAAUUCAUAGAUGUUAGGUCGAGCACUGUAAAUAUAAAAAAAGCGAUCAUCAAAAAAAAAAAAGAAAGAAAAGAAAAGAAAAGAUAAGAAAAGAAAACGAAGACGAACGAGAAUUGGAAUGAUUGAGAUAUAAAAUGAAGUGGGUGGGAGAGAGGGAAAGAGGGAGAGGUCUUGGGGGAGUACAUCGACCGACGUUUCAGAAAAAAGAAAAAAAAAGACGAGUAAGAGUCGGAUAAAUAAAAAUGGGAAACGAUCGAAGGUGAAAAGAGUAGAAAAAAAAGAAAACAAGAAAAUAGAAAAAAAAGAAUGUUUCGAAAAAAUUUCGACCUUUUUCUCUCUCAUCGAUUGGAUGAAUACGAAUUGUUGUUUUUCUUACUCGUUUAUUAUCUAUUAUCUAUUAUUAUUACUUUAUAAAUCUUUAUCGAUCUUUUCUGAUUUUAUAUCGAUCGCGUGAGAGAUAUCGACCAAGAAAUGAAAACAGAAAUGAAACAGAAAAGGAAACAAAAAAAACGAACGACAAAGAAAGAGUUGAACAAUACACGUCGUAAUUCGAUAGUUUGCGUGUAACGUUCGAUGAAAAAAAGAAAAAAGAAGAAACAAAAAAAAAGAAUCUCUCUGCUCCAUUUCUCUCCUAGAGAGAGAGAGAGAGAAAGAGAGAGAGAGAGAGAGAAACAUAAACGAAAGAGAGGAAUAAUAAAAAAGUUGAUUUUGUUUUUGCAUAUCGUUGAAGAAGAAGAAGAAGAAAAAGAAGAAGAAAAAGAAAAAGAAAAAAAGAGAAGAAGGAGGGAUAGUAACAUUAAAAAAUAGUAUGUAUAUGAGGGAUCGACAAUUUUUUUCUUUCUUUCUUUUUCGUUCCCUUUUUUCUUUCUUGUUUUUUUUUUUUUUUUGUCGAGGUCGGUCGAUGUCGCAAAACGAUAAGAGUAAAAAAGGGGAUAAGUACGAAAAGCGAUGAAUCGUGAAAUAUCGUCGAAUGUAAUUCUUUUUUUCUUUUUUUUUGUUCCUCUGUCUUUCUUUCCUUUUCUUCUUCUUCUUAUUUAGAAAAGACUCGUAAGAGGGAUGAUGCGGAAGAGUAAGAGUAAGAGCAAGAGGAUGGGUAAGGGAUGGGGAAGAGGAAGGGAGAAGGAGAGGGUGGGUUUUGAACGGCGUUGAAGAGUUUCGAAGGCCCCGAGUAUCGGUAUUUAAAGCGCUUUUUCUCCUUUUUCAAGCGGAAUUUUCACCGACGACGACGACUACUACUAUUAAUACUGCUACUACUACUAUUACUACUACUACUCUACUACUAUUACUACGACUAUUAUAACAACGACGACGACGACGACGACGACGACGACGACGACGACGACGACGACGACGAAGACGAUGGCGACCCUCGAGGGAAAUUCGACGUUAGGUGGAACGUAAAAAAAGCAAGCGAACAAACAAACAAACAAACAAACGAACGAACGAACGAACGAAUAAACGAACGAACGAACGAACGAACAAAGAAAGGAAGCGAAAGAGAGAUAGAAAAAAUUGUUGAGUAGAGAGGGUUGAUUAUUAGGCGCGCUGGCGUGCGGCCGUGUUCCGUGUAUCCACUGUGUUUGUGAAUUUUAACGAAGGGAUACGAUGGAAUAUCGUUUUUUAACGGGUUCUCUAUGGCAGACCAAAUUGAAACGAGAAUUAUAACGCGUCAUCGUUUUCCACGAUAUAAUAAUUUGUUUAUAUUAAUGAUCGUAUUUGAUCUUGGAUUGUUUCUUUUUUUUUGUUUUUCUUUUUUCUUUUUUAUUAUCUUUUAUUGUUAUCGGAUAUUAUUCGUUCGAAGUGUUUGAAACGAUAUUUUAUCUGUCUGUUUUUAGAAUCUGAUCUCUUGGAUGGUAAGACUCGUACGUAUUCGAGUUUAUAGAGAGAGAAAGAUAUAUAUGUGUAUGUAUACACACGUGCAAGAUAUGCAUACAAAGAAAUAGACAAAAAGCAUAAACGUAACAUUUAACAAUUUUUCUAAUCGCUUUGAAAAGAAAAUAAAUGAAAUAAAAUAAAUAAAUAGAAUAAAAUAAAAUGGAUUGUGAAUCGUCGUGUUCGACGGCGUUGUUAAACGUAGACAGUCGAGUUAUGUUGCUUUUCGUAUUUUUCAUUUCGUCUGUUGUUUCUUUAUUUGCAAUGUGUUUUUUCCUUUAUUAUUAUUUUCUUUUCUAUAUAAAUAUAUAUAUAUAUUUUUAUUUUUUCGUGUGAUAUACAUACACACAUUUGUUAUAUAUAUUUUAUGUGAAAUUAAAGCAGCAAGUUGAUUCAACUGUAUACGAUGCAAACGACGACGACGACGACGACGACGACGUUUUUCUGACAACACGUCUCGUCAAUGAAAAUGCGAGAGAGAAAUUCUAGUGGGAAUGUGUUUUAUAAUUAUCAAAGUAACAAAUACGCGAACCACGAGCAAGAAAACUGCCUAGAAACGUAGACACGAAGAAGAAAAUAUGAAAAAGCGGAAAAUAAGAAAGAGGAGGAGGAGUAGGAGGAAAAGAAGGAGAGGGUUUGUAGGAAAGAGGGUGGUGAGAAAGAUUAAGGUCUGUUUACUUGGACCGUGGAUUCUGCCAAAACGAAAGAGAAAGAGAGAGAGAGAGAGAGAGAGAGAGAGAGAGAGAAAUAAGUAAAAAAAUGUACACGUGUAAUAUUGUAAAGUAGUGAGAGUAAAGAAUCUUAGUGUCACAUAUCACUCCACAGCUCGCAACGAGUGGAAACGAACAAUGUCGUGUUCGUGUCGAGAAAUUGAGAAAGAUUAAAAAAAGAAAAAGAAAAAAGAAAUAAAAAAAGAACAAAAAUAACUAAAAGAAGAAAAAAAAAACGAAGGAAAAAAAGAAGAAAGGAGAGAGGGGAAAAAGGGAAAAGAAUUUUUUUUGUAUCUCUUUCUUUUUCUUCUUUUCUUUUUUUCUUAAGGGAAAGAGCGAGAGAGAAUGAGAGAGAAUGAGAGAGUGAUAAGAGAAUGAUAAGAGAAAGAGAGAGGGAGAGAGAGAUUUAAUAAAAAAGAACGUAAGCGAGCAACGCGUCGAAUUAACGUGUUUCGAGGGAAAAAAAAAGUUUAUAACGAAUAUUUGUAUAAGCCACUUUUUGUCACGAUGAUUGUCAAUAAAAUUGAAAAUAAUUGUACGUAUAUAAUUAUCGUAUCGUGUGUGUAUUUCAGCGUGUUAGUGGUACGACGUCGAACGUGAUACGUAAGUACGUAUUAUGUACGUACGAUUUUCAGUUUAAUUUUACGUUAAUCUCUAUGAGAAUGUGUGUUGUUUGUGUGAGAGACAGAAAGAGAGAGAGAGAGAGAGAGAGAGAGAGAGAGAGAGAGAGAGAGACAGACAGAGAAAGAGAAAGAGAAAGAAAAGAGAGAGAGAAAGAAAUAGAUAGAUAUAGAUAGAAAGAGAGGAAGGAGAGAGAGAGGAUAGAGAAGGAAAAAGAGGAAGAAAGAAAGAAAAAGAGACUUUCCCUUUUUUCUUCUUCUUUUUUUCUUUUUUUUGAAGUCACGUUCGUUCGUUUCCCUCGUCUAGCCUUUUUACAUUCUCAAAAGAUUUUUCGUUCGUUCUACGAGUGCCAGUCAGCCCCCCGUUUCUCCGUUCCAAGUUUCUAUAGAGUUGUUUUCUUUUAUAUAUAUAUAUAUAUAUAUAUAUAUAUAUAUAUAUAUAUAUAUAUAUAUAUACUUUUUCGUUUUUCUUUCUUUUCUUUUCUUUUCUUUUCUUCUUUCUUUUUGUACCAUUUUUUACGUUGCCAUAGUAAUUAAAAAAUAAAAAAGGAAGAAAAAACAAAAAGAAAACGAUUUUUAACGAGAUGGAUCUUCGACCGUACCGGAUUAUCUAUGAUAUAUAUAAAAAAAAAAAAAAAAAUAUUGAUAUGAGUAUAAUAUCUAAAUCAAAAUUGUAUACGAUUUUUAAUACAUUUUACUAUUAUUUA